UGUGUUUUCGUUCUCGCAUGAUCACAACCGUAUGUAUUAGUCUGGAGGCGUGGGCAGACUAAGUGGGCCUAAUCCAUACCGAUUGAAAGGAGUCUUGUCUAUUCACCAACGAUCUCAACAACUAGCCGGAAUAAGAUGCUGUUUCUCUUUAAAGCUAAUUUAUCCUGCGCCGGUGCCGGGCCGAGGGCACACAUCCAGACUCAAUCUGACGCACAGGUCGCGCUCAUACUUGAUAGGUUAGAGUCGACGCUUCCGGGUAAUCACAGUCUUGGGGCGGGUUCUGUUUGCUGUGUUUACCUCUUGUCCAGGCCAUUAUUCCGACACAACACGGCAUAAUGACAGCUACAAUCCUCUCUUCUCUGGUCCUCUUCACUGUUCUCUCCGCGGGGCAAACAAGGGUAGUGGUGGACUCUCUGCUGCCCAGAGAAGAUAAAGAUGGUUUAAUGUUGGCAGAGGGUGUGUGUGAGGACUGCACCAAGAUCACACAGCUGCUAUUGGCUACGGGUUCUCAUGACAUCAUACAGCUUGAGCUGCUGACGAAGGCUCUGUAUGGAGUAUGCAUGCAGCUACCUAAAGGAGAGGCCUUGACUCGUUGCUAUCUGAUGCUAGGCAAACACCUGCCCUCAAUAAUGGAGCAGCAGACUGCCAUGUGUCCUCUGCUGGGAUUGUGUCCUCUCCAAUCAUUGCAAGAGAACCCAAAGCAUCUGACCAAUGACAUUGCUGAGAUCAGCACAACACACGUCUCUGUGGGAGGGACUAAGCCGAACACACAGGGCGGUCCUGUCUGUGCUUUGUGUGUGUACCUCCUCCAGAAGAUGGAGGACAUGCUGCCCAAAGAAAGAACUGAGGACCAGAUCGUGGAACUCAUGGGGAAGGUGUGUGGCAUGCUGCCGGACAAAUACAGCAAGCAGUGCGAUGACUUCCUGCAGAAGCAUGGCAAGCAAGUGAUCGACUUCCUGUUGUCCGAUGCUGCGCCCCACACCAUCUGCGUGCUGUUGCACCUGUGCCUGUUAGACGAUACGCCAUCUAGAGAGUACUCCCUGGCCUCAGACUGCACCUCCUGUCUCACACUCUCGGCCUUAACACGGUUCCACCUCGGACGGAACGCCACGGAGACGCAGGUCGCCUCCCUACUGCAAAGUGUCUGCCAGAGGCACCCCAACUCCGUUCCUCAGUGUGAGCUCUUUACCCAGCUCUAUGGGCCAAGACUCCUGAGCAUUUUGGGGAAACAAGAUGGUGGCCGGGACACUUGUGAGAAAGAGGACUUCUGCCGAGGCCAGUGGAGGGAAAGUGUUCACUAGAACCUUUACUCGUCUCUUUCUGAAUUUGAAGAACCACACUUGCCGCUUCCACCAAUCACCCAUCAUAAUCACGCACUCAGAGCGACACCACACGCUUGUUUCUCACUGGCCACCACUUCAACAGCAAGAGGACAACAGAAUCUGGAAUUUUCACAACUCUGUUACAACACUGUUACAAAUGCUCACUCCUGUCUAUAAACAAGCAUUCCUUCUUGA